CGCACGCCCUGGCUCCGUGCUUCCUUCUUCCACCUCAGCCGACGACCUCACACGUCUCCCUCCCUCUCCCUUCCCUCUGCCGCCGAGCCAGCCAACGCCCACGCUGUGAUACAUACUCUCCUUUAUUGCUCUUAGCGCCCCUCCGCCAUCAUGCCCAUUCGCAACCCUUUUCGCCGCGCUGGUGGCGCCGAUGUGCUUGACGAGUCCCAGCGGAGCAGCGCGGAACGAGCUUUUCAGAGCACUCCCGUCGCUGGCUCGAAGCCCAUCGACGUCAAGGAGCCCACUGAGUACAAAUUGAGCGAAAUCAAUGAUAGCGGCGUAUAUCUACCGCCCUCGCCUCCAUUGAAGCCAGGUUUUUGGCACUCGCGAUCCAAUGCCUCGACCACGUCAUCGAACCACCGCAGCCUGCUGAGUGAGAAUGAGCCGUUCAGCAUCUCGCGAGAAAGCUUUGAUUCCUACAGGAGGUCCUUCGACAUCUCCGCCCGCUCUCCCAUCCCCGAUUGUCUCGAUACUCGUCCCCGCCAAUCGCUUGAUGCCCGCCGCUCAAUGGACGCCAGGCACUCCCUAGAUGCGCGUCGCUCUCGUGCCCCACCUCGGUCUUCGUUCCAGGAGCGCCGUGCAGAGAAGACGGAUGAGGUAACAGCCGAAGAAGGCUUUGAAGACGUAGGCUUGAACGAUGAACCCAAGCCAACGAAGAAGCGUGGGCUGUUCGCGCGCUUCGGCGACAAUAGCAACAUUGACGUUGCCCACGAAGAGCGCCCGUCCUCGAGCCACCAUCACUUUGGCUUCACUGGACGCAGGAGGGCCCAGAGCGGGCAAGGUUCAGAGCUAAAGCCCAUGGUGACGCCUGCUCCCUCGAAGACCGAGCUACCUGUUGAGGCUAGGUGAAGACAGGUUGUAAUGAUAGCAUUAAGGGGGGCAUUGGAGUACAGGUCAGGUUGGUCUGGAGAUGGGGCGGUUCUCGAAACCCUUAGCUUUUGGACCGGCGCUCGAAAUAUGAUGGCGUUUUUCGGAAUAUGAUAUCUUGGUUGCUCGCAGCAUUACCCUGCAUUCAGGAUUGGGCUUUUUUGCAAGAGGGUUGGGCUGCAUCGACAAUCGCUUCAUCAUCUGGAGUUGCAUCAGGGGGUUUGGAGCUCUUAUCACGGAUAUAUACAAGGUAGCACUCAGCAUACCUACCUAAUAAUCAAUUGUAAUUUCUGCA